AUGGAAAAUGCUACUUUGUCUUUUUGUUUCAACUUCACCAUGUUUUUGAACAUCGGACACUACCGCUAUCCAGCCUUUGUUUUUUGCCUCCUGCUCUAUGGCUUUACUGUAUUUGCUAAUCUAGUUAUAGUAAUGAUCAUUUCAUUGGACAGCUCACUACAUGAGCCCAUGUACAUUUUCAUUGCAGUUUUGUCCAUCAACUCUGUGUUUGGUUCGACGGGUUUCUUCCCCAGAUUCCUCAUGGAUCUUCUGUCUGACUCUCAUUUGAUCUCACGUCCUUCUUGUUUCACUCAGAUUUUUGUUAUUUAUUCAUGUGCUUCCAAUGAGAUGACAAUCCUAGGCAUUAUGGCAUAUGAUAGGUAUGUUGCUGUAUGUCAUCCUUUGGACUACCACAGAAAGAUGACCUCAAAAACUGUCUAUAUUCUGACGGUAUUUGCUUUGCUCUAUCCAGCUGGUAACCUUACAGUAACCCUUUUUAUGGUGGUCAGGAUUCCUCUAUGUGGUAACAAUAUACAGAAAAUGUACUGUGCCAGCUGGAAUAUAGUAAAACUAUCAUGUGUUACUGCUGUCAACAAUAUUCUUGCUAUGUUAGGGGCCAUUGCUAUGGCUUUCCUACCCUUGACUUUUAUCUUGUACACAUAUCUGAGAAUUGUGGUUGUUUGCUGCAAAAACUCAUCCGAGGUCGGGGAGAAAGUAUUACACAGUUGUCUACCACAUGUUGUUUCAUUUGUGAUUUAUUCUGUCACAUCAUUUAGUGAUACAGUCCUGAGCCGACAAAAUCUUGAGGAAAUUAAUCCAUUGGUGGCUGUAAUUCUGUCACUGGAGUUUGUUGUCAUUCCUCCAGUUCUGAAUCCUAUUAUGUAUGGCCUUAAAUUACCAGAAAUUAGAAAACACAUUUUCAGGAUUUUAAGAUUUAAACCCAAAAGCAAAAAGAAAUCCUGUAGAUCCUCAACAGAAACCGCAGUGAUCAUGUGA